AUGGCGCCGCUGCAAGGCCCCGCCAGCGGUAACACCAACCUCCAGGCGGCAUUACGUCUUGUCGGGGCGCCGCCGACUGCGCCGGUGCGGUGCUCCUUUGCGGGUGCCAACACGUCAUGGGUCAUCCCGGCGACGACAUCGUUGACAGCAUCGGUGCUCACAGUCUCCUGUCCAACGCCGUUCUUCAACGUUGCGGGUCCUGUACGCAUCGCCAUUGUCGUGGACGAGCUCGAUACUAUCGAAGCUUCCAUCCUGUUUACGGUGUACGAGACACCGCGCAUUCUUAGUCUACAGCCGGUGCUGAUUUCCGCCGCAAGGAAUCAAGGCGUGGACGUGAUGGGGCGUCACUUUCAAGCCAGCGGUGCGCAGUGUGUCUGGACAACCGACUCUGGUGUCACUGCCCGCGUGCCUGCCACGUGGUUGGAUGCCAAUCGCACCAAGUGCAACGUGCCAGAGGCGUGGACGACGUCAGUGCAGGCCCAGCUCGAGUUGUCAUUCAACAAUGUCGACGUGACGCAGGACGGACAUCGCGUUGCCAUCGUCGGCACCGACACAACCUGGCAUGCGACGCCAACUGCGGUCGUCGCUCGGGCGGGCGCCGUCAUGACGGUCACCGGUUUUGGCUUUGGCGCGGUUGACAGAACGAUGCCACUGCUGUGCAACUUUUCGGGCAUCGGUGUCACGACGGCGACGGUCCAGACGCCAUCGACGCUUCGAUGCCCAGUGCCAAUGAACGUAUCGACGGACGCACUGUCGAGUACGCUACGCAUUCAGCUUGCAGAAGGUCUGGCGCUCUGGGAGGUUUCGUGCGCCGUGUACCGGCCCCUUGCCGUCCUCACCACGACGCCGACGACAGGUCUUGCGGGUGCUCGGGUGACACUGCAGCUGCGGUCGACAAGAAUGCCGCUGACGUCUCUCCAGUGCCUCUUUGGAUCCACGGCAACGACCGCGCACCUCAUCAAUGCUACGACUGUCGUGUGCGUUGCGCCGCCGGUCGCCGCCAUCGUAUCGCAGGCCGUGUCGUUGCUUGUUCAAGGGCAACCAGCGACACUGGCGCCGACGUUCUUCACGUAUCUUGCACCUUCGUUGAUCACUUCGUUGCAGCCGGUUGUCGGAACCGCUGGUACAACCGUCGCUCUGCAAGCAACGUCGAUCUCGCCCGGCACCACCAUCCUCUUUGACGGCGUAUCAGCGACGACAACGAUGCUCGGCGCGACCUCAGUGACGUGCACAGUACCGGCACUCCACACCGCUUUACGCAGCACGACGCAACUCUCACGGAUCGCGUUGAGCCUUGACGGCGCGAUCUACAGUCUCAACACUUUUCCAUUUCAGUCCAGUGCCGGGUGGACCGCAACGUCGAUGGCGCCUACAGUAGUGCCGACAUUGGGUGGUCGUCGGAUCAGCUUUACGAUCGACGUUGUGGAUGUACCUCCACCAACGGCCGAGCUUGCGUGUCGUUUCGGGGACGCGCCUGGCGUCAUCGUUGUGGCCUUGUCGACGACCGACGUCGCGUGCGUGGCGCCGUCGUGGCCAACGACCGAGACGGUGUCGGUGUCGCUUCAAAACGCCACCUUGGGCUCGUUUCCUUUGACAUAUAUGGACCACACCAAUGCGACGGUCACGAGCAUUUCGCCACCGUACGGGCGUCCGGGGACCAGGCUGCUCUUGCAACGGACGUUGCAUGUGAAUGCGAGCGUGUACGCCUGCAUCUUCCAGUUUGUAUCAGGGAGCACCGUGCGCCCGAUGGCAGCGUACAAUGCAACGACGAUGACGUGUCAGGUGCCCACGCUUCCACCGACAAUUCCGGUGCCCGUUACGAUCCCGGUCGUCAUCCAAGCGCUCGGCGUGACUGUCUUGUCCAUGCUCUAUACGAUUGUCGCGCCACUGAUGGUAUUUGAGGUGUCGCCGCCCUGUGGGUCGGUCUCGACGCUUCUCCACGUUUAUGGCUCGGGCUUUCAAGCAAACGGGACCUACGACUGCGUCUUCGCUACGGGCGCGACGCGUGCAACGGUCGUCAGCACAUCUGAAAUCACGUGCCAGCCAUCUAGGGGCGUGACCGCGGAUUCGACACUCUCAAUCUUGGAUACGUGGACCAACGAGUCGGUGCACACGAAUGGUGGGUUUACGAUCGUUGCGCCGCCACUCGUGACCGCCGUGCAAGCGUCCCAAGACGUCAUCUUUGUCGAAUGCGUCGUGCCCGACCCCGCGCCGGCAUCCAGCAUUUUCUGCGGUUUCAACAAUGCCACGGCGCAGGUUGUCGGAUCGUGGCACUCGACAGGCACAGUGGCCUGCCCUCUUCCCGAUGCCGCGCAGCUGCGAGCGAUCACAUCUGUCUUGCUGAGCUGGAACGGCCAAGAAUGGAGUUCUGGGUUUGCGUGGUCGGCCCCACGUCUUCUUCAACUCUCUGCGACGCGAGUAGCCGCCGGCGGCUCGUUUACAGUGACGGGCGCCGGUCUGGCACCACCAGGCGCCGCCGUGUGCUGGAUCGGUGCCUUCCAGACACCUGCGAUCGUUCAGUCGCCGUCGCGCGUCCUUUGCCAAGCACCUAACACGUCGACGCCGCUGCAGAACGCGUCUGUCACGAUCAGUUUGGACGGCGGUGUGACGCUACUGAUGUCCAAUCUUGUCUUAUCGGUGGCGGCAGUGCCGCGCAUUACAGCCGUCAUCCCGAGCUUUGCAACGACGCGUGGUGGAACUCUUCUCUCCGUGACCGGUGAUGGGUUUCCCGAUGCGCCCGCGAAUGUGUCGUGUCGCUUUGGCGACGUUACUACCCAAGGCAUCCGCAACGGGUCGGCGCUUGUCCUUUGUUCAACGCCGCCGUUUCGCAAGCACGGUGUCGUCCCUAUCUCUCUCGAUUGGGCGUCACUCGAGAACGUCUUCGUGUCGACCAACAGCAUUGGCUUGGAGCUUGUACCGGUGCCGAUCGUGACGCGGUCGACCACGGUUCCGAUUGCGCUACGUCUCAAUGGUGUCGACGCUCUUGUGUCGAGUGUCUCGUACACCUACGCUGCGGUGCCAACCAUCGUCGCGCCGGUGGUCGCUACCGGCCGCGCCACAGGCCUCGUGCUCGUUCUCGACACGUACUUCGAGAGCGACGAGCUAACGUGCCUCUUUGACGCGACUCGCCUUGUACCCGGCAUGGGGCUCAAUCGCACGCAUAUUGUAUGUCCUCGACCGUUCGAGUCCGUGGCGACCGUCGCCGUCUCGAACAACGGCCGCGAGUUCUCGGCGCCGGUGGACAUUAUGUCGUCAACAUUAGCGCUGACCGCGCUGCAUCCGCGCGUCGCGCCGUACGGAAGCGCGGGGGUUGUCACACUGCACUCGACGUUCAACCUCGCGACGGUGUACACGUGUGACGUGGAUGCUACCCUCUCGCUUCCACUCACGCUGCUCAACACCACGACGGGCACGUGCAUAGUCCCGACGACGGCAUUGGCAACGAGCCAUCAGAUUUCUGUAGCUUCCGGUGGGCUCAUCUCGAACGCGCUCUUCUAUUGGCUCGUCCCACCGCCAUUGAUGACAUCCGUCAACCCCGUCGUCGGCGUCCAAGCCGGAGUAACGUCAGUGCUUCAUGUGUCGGGCACUGGGUUUGUGGACGCUUGUGACUACGUCUGCUUCUUUAACGAACGCUACUUCUCGACUGGACGCUGGCAGGCGACGACCCUUGUCGACUGUCCCGUCCCGCUGCAAAUGUCGCUUGGCGACUAUGAGCUGCAACUAUGGUUCAGCGGCGAACGUGUCGCAAGCCCAAAUAAGACAGUGUAUAGCGUGCUACCGGCGCCAACGCUCUCCGGACUCGCCCCCGUAAACGGCGCACUACAAGGCGGAACGACGAUCGAGCUACGUGGCAGCGCGUUCCCACCCAACGCCACAUGCCUCUUUGGCCAUCGUACGGUCGUUCCGACGUCUCAGAACGCCACGUAUUUAGCGUGCGCUGCACCCAUCGCUGCGUCGCCGACCACGGUGGCCGUUGCUGUGGCAUUGAACGGUGUCCUUGUGAGCGCCGCGCGCUACUACACAUACAAGGACCCGCCCGUCCUGACAAGCCUCGCAUCACCCACGGUUGUGCCCUGGUCGUUUUCGGGUCCCGUCCGGGUGCAAGUCGUUGACGUGAGCCUCGUGGACACGGUGGUUUGCAGGUACCACGCGGGAUCGGCCGCCGUGACGGUCACCGGCUCGGUCGAAACCACAAGGAUCGUGUCGUGUCCAUUCACAGUCCUGCCAAGCCGCCACGGACGUUUCGAGCUCGCGUUGUCUUGGAACACCCACGACUGGAGCUCGCCGCUCUCGUUCGACGUCGCACCGUCGAUGCUCUUGUCGCACUUGGCGCCGACACUAGCGUUGUACCCGCUCCUGCCCGAUGCGAUGGUCCGCGUCUUCGGGUUUUCUCUGCAAGCGUUUAGCUGCGCGUUUCGCGCCGCCGGCACCGGCAGUAGCAUCAUCGUGGCGGCCGUGGCGUACUCGACAACGGCACUCGACUGCCCCAUCCCGCCACAGCUUGUACCUGACAAGUACAGCGUCGCAUUAACGAGCAUCGAUGGUACGCUCUUGUCGGCGAGUCAGCUGAGCUUUGUCGUCGCGUCGGCACCGAGCGUCGACGUGGCGAGCCCGACCGGUGGUGACGUGCGUGGGUCGACACCGGUGGUCGUCCGCGGCGUCGGUUUCCAAACUCUAUCGGCUGUCUUUUGGAAAUGUCGGUUCGGCGAGCUGGCGGUCGCUGCGACGGUCGUCGACGAUAUGACGCUGAGUUGUUUGGCGCCAGCGGUUUCGGCGCCACAGACCAUAUCGCUCUCAAUCACCUGGAGCGACCAACUUGUCCAAGGCGGCUGGCGCUACACGUACUACGACGUCCCACACAUCGCGAGCUUUCAAUCUUUGCGUCCAGUGACCGUGGGUGUUCCGAGCUCGGUGCAGAUACAAGGCGACGCUUUUCCCGUGAACCAAUUGUCCAGCGUGGCGUGCGCUCUCGGGACACAGCCGCUAUCGACGAUGCCUGCUGCGUACAUCAACUCGUCGACGGUUGUAUGCCACAUCCCCGCUGUGGCAAUCGCCGGCGCAUACGACCUGUAUGUGCUAUGGAAUGGCAUCGAUGUGUCGUCGUCGGUGCCCCUCGCGGUUGUACAACCCAUGACGCUGCGCGCCGUCGUGCCGGCGGUCGGCUUUACAGUGAUUGAAGUCCUCACGCUCCUCGGUGGGCCGUUUCGGCUACAGGACCCGGUGGAGUGUUACUAUCAAGGCAUCUACGUUGCCGCGACAGUACUCAAUGCAACGGCAGUGUCCUGCGCCGUGCGAUGGAGCCCUGGUCCAUCAAGCGUUGCGCUCAUGCUGACGAGCAAUCGCUUGACCUUUUCAAAUUCCGUCCCGUUUUCGUACGCACCGGAUGCCCGAGUCCACGGUAUGACACCCCGCGACGGCGUCGUUGGGCACCGGACGGCCGUGCGACUCGAGGGGCGUUUCCCGAUGGCGCUGCGCGCAUCGACGCUCGUCUGCAGCUUUCAAGGUGCCCUUUCGCCAGCGCAAGUGCUCAGCCCGUCCGCUGUGCUGUGUGUUGCACCGGUAUUUGAAAUGGCGACGACGGUCGCCGUGUCGCUUCUCUACGAAGGGCGGGUGGUCCCGUCGCCUAUGGCGUUGCCUAUCCUUCCCCGCGUCUCUGUCGUUGCGACGCGCCCGGCGUUUGUUUCGUCGUCUGCCACGCAGCCAGUGUCCAUGAUCUUGACAUUUGACGAGGACAUAUCGAUGUAUGGACUUGUUUGUCCAAAGGACGUGCCACUUGUCGUUCUGAGCAACCGCACCGGUGUCUGCUCCAAUGUAUCCUUAGGCCAUCGGCUGGGACCCCAGGUGCUUUGGCUCUCCAAGAACCACGAGAGGAUUGGCCCGAAUGUGAUCAGCGAAGCUGGUGGCGCCUUGCUCCACGCAGUCGCCACCCCAGCGCCACCGCAACUGUCGUGUCGCAUCGAUGGCCAUGUCGUGCCCGGUCGUCGACGACCCGAUGGGUCGUUUGUCUGCGCGGCCCCGCCCCAUGCGCCCGGUGUCGUGUUGGUCGACGUUAGUUUUGACGCCUUUGCUUCGUCGAGUGCGACACGACCAAUUGUGUACCUCGCACGUGUGCAUCUGCAUUCGAUUGUGCCGACUUUUGGUCUUGUGGCGCAGUACCAAGAUGUCGUAGUUCGCGGCACCAACUUUGUGCCGUCGACGAGCUGGCGCUGUCACUUUGACGCCGCUGUCGUUCACGCGCGCGUUCUCAACAGCUCGGCGCUACAGUGCACGGCACCGCCACGCUUGUACGAAGCAAAGGUCCGUGUUGGCGUGACCUGGAACGACCAAGAACGUUCCUCCACCGUGCUUGACUUCGAGUACCUCGCCUUCCCAACGCAAGUGAAUGCGUUGCCGUCCGGAACAAGAGGGUGGACGAUCGCCUUGGAUGACAAUGCGACGGUGCGUGCGUACCAGUGCGCCAUUGCUUCGCCAACGACAUCCAAGACGACGCUCGUGGUCGCCACGUACAGCCGUCCCAGCGUCUUGCUCUGUCCGAGCGCCGGUAUCGAUGCACCGAGCGCCAUGACAUUGUGGUACAACGGCGCACAAUUGCCGACGAAGGUGGUUCUCAUGCCCGAUCCGUGCCGACGCGUCGUCGUCAGCGAUUCGAUGGUCACCGUGGACAAUCGUUUCGUGACGAUCUAUGGGCAGUACAGUGCAGUGGUGCCACUCUCAUGCGCCGUCAACGGCACCGACCUUGUACCGGCGAUCAGUGUCGAUGCGACGUCGGUGCAAUGUGUGUUGCCGUCCAUGAUGAUGUCGCCGAUGGUGACAGUGACACUAUAUUGCAACGACCGACCAGUGCACUCCGUGAGCGUGAACCGGUCUCUUCCGGCCUCGAUCCUCUCGGUUUCCCCCAACAUGACUUCCUCGUACGUCAAUUACGCUGGCAGUGUGCUCUCGAUUCGAGGCGUGCGUCUCGCAACCGCGUCGCCUGUCUUCUGCAUCUUUAACAGCACCACGUCAACGCCCGUCGUUGCCAGCUCGAGUGACACGGCGCAGUGUCAAGUACCCGUGCUUUCCGCGCCGGGCCCAGUUUCUUUGGCGAUUGAGACGUCAUCGGGAACUUUUUUGGUGGGACACUCUUGGACCGUCGUGGCACCGCCAGUAGUGCACGAUGUCACGCCACAAGUCGUGCCAAUCGGGUCCUUGGUCAAACUAUCGGGUAGCCACCUCGGUCCGACGCUGCUAGUGAUGUAUGGCACAUCGUCCAGCAUGUCAUGCACCGUGCUGUCGGACGCCUUUGCACAUUGCCCCGUACCAACGACGUCAGGGUCGUAUGCGAUGGCCUUGUCUACCACCGGUGGCUUUCAAUUUCAACCCAUCGCGGACGUUGUCGUCACCGCCACGACGAGCACGGCCGUCGUGACGACCAUGACGCCAACGAUGCAAGUGGCCAACCAGACAUCGUUGCUUGCCUUUCACGGCGCUCUAUUGGCUACGAUGGAGAUGCUGGCGGGACCGAGGGGACCCCGCAUGCAGUGUCGACUUCGAGGGCCCGUCGAGGUGUACGCGAACGCGAUCCUCGACACGAAAGAUCGCAUCUCCUGCAGCGUGUUCGUGGCCCAGCCCGGUAUAUACAACGUCUCGCUGGUGCCCUUCUUUGCCGAUACCGCCUUUGAGCUUCAUGUGGUGUCGGCCCCUCGGCGCAUCGUGAUGACGCCGGUGGUUGCCAACUUCGAUGGGUCGACGAGCGUGACGUUUUGCGGGGCGCCGUCAUUGCCUUACGGCCCACGAAUGCAUUGCGUCUUUGGCGCUGCCGCGACGGCAGUCUCUGUCCUCAACGCGUCCUGCGUGUCCUGCGUGGCGCCGGCGCAGCCCUCGGGUGUUCUUUCUGCGGCACUGUACCUCGACGUCGACGUGCCCGUCUCGUCCAAAGGUCUCUUUUCCAUCAUGUAUGUUCAAGAACCCGCGAUUGUCCAUAUUGAACCGACGGUCGUUGCGGCAACGACACCGACCACUGUCGUGGUCUCCGGCUGGGCCUUUCCCAACGAAUCCGUCCCGCUCAUGUGCGUGAUUCAAGUGACCGACAAGGUGGUGCAUACCGUAGCUGCUACAAACAUGACGAGUCGUCGUGUUCUCUGUGAGCUGCCUUCGCUGCCACCGGCCUCCGUUGCCCAGCUUGGCGUUGCCAUCGACGGUGUCGUGUACUCGAACAUGGUGGCAAUGACAGUGCUACCAGAGUGGAACACGACGCAGUGGCAGCUAGAGCCAACGACGGGCCCCCUCGGAGGCAACUACACGGUGACCAUCCAUGGUCGUGACUUUCCCUCCGGUAUCCCGGUGCAAUGCUUCUUCGGCCCUGUCGUCGCCCCCGGUAUUGUCGUGUCGCCAGAGCGUGUGCUGUGUCGGGCGCCACGUACUUCGCUGCAGCCCACAGUACCGCUCUCGCUCGCCUUUGGCUCGGCCGUCAUUGAGACAGCGCUCACCUUUACGUUCACGUCGCCUCCGGUGGUGUUUACAGUCCAGCCAAGCUCGGCUUGGGUCGCCUCGUUCCAGUUGUGGGUGCACGUGCACGGUGCAGGGCUCGGCUUUGCUCUGCGCUGGGAGUGCUUCUUUGGUGCGGUUCGUGUCGCCGCGGUACAUCUCUCGUCGCAGCUCCUCGCAUGCCACGCGCCAGCACUAGUCCCAGGCAACAUCACGCUGCGAGUCGUCGGCCACGACCACAUCUACUACGAAAAGACGAUCGCAGUGGCGCCUGCGCCGGCUCUUGCGACCUCACGCACUCUCUUUGGCUGGAGAGGGACGAACAUCAUCGUGGGAGGCUUGCAUCUCGCGCCCGUGACGAGCUGCCGCGUCGGUGGCUUGUUGGUACCUGCCAUUAGCUCGGCCAACAACGUGUCUUGCGUGGCGCCGUCGGGCUCUGGCAUUGUCAACGUAACGUUAUCGGUGGGUGACGAACCAGUGCCGAGCGCACCAUGGCACUUUCAGUACAUUGCGCCGAUGGCAAUAUCUUCCAUUCACCCGACAGCACUCGCUAUCAUCGAUAGCUCCAGCACGCUCUCGUUGUACGGCAACUUUAGCUCUGCGAUCACGUCGUACCAGUGCCGGUUUGGCGUAUUUACGACGACGGUCGCGUCGGUGGUAUCGACAUCAGAGCUCAAGUGUAGUAUUCCGCGCCUACCACUGGGACCAACACCGGUGACCGUGUUCUGGGACAGCUCGAACGCGAUGCCAGGCCCGCGACUGGUGUUUGAAACACUGCCACCGCUCGCGUUUCCGUCGCUCGCCCCGAGCGAGGGACCGAUGGCGGGCGGUACCAUCGUCCGCGUGCAGACGCGUGGGUUGGCACAAGCGCUCAACAUUACAUGCAUUUUUGGAUCGCAGUGGCACGCCGGCAGCUACGAUCAAGUGACACGUCACGUCCUUUGCAAGACGCCACCGCAGGCGAACUCGGGUGUCGUGUCCGUGACGCUCGUCGUGAACCACCAAACGUUCGCCACCAACUUGUCGUAUGCAUACCUGGCAGUACCGACGCUGCUAUCGGUACAGCACAGCCUCGAUGCCAUGGAGCAGUGGCAUAUUGCCGUGACGACGUCGCCCACCAGUGUCCAACGCCUCUGGCUGAAAGCAUCAGACAUGCAAUGUCUGGCCGUGUCGACUGGUAUCCAUACGUUUGGUUGUGUUGUCGGUGCGCCGGCGUCGUCCGCCCGCCUGUUUGUAUCCGUGAACGGUGUGGACUUUAAGCCGAGCGCACUGGCGCUGGACCUGACGGCACAGGCCGUGUUUGUCGACUAUGUCGAGCCGGCAUUUGUCCCUAUGAACGCGCCGUCGAUCACGAUGUCGGUGCACGGCGCCGGUCUCGGUGUCUGCGAUUCAUCGCUCCAAGGCGUCCAUUGUGUCUGCGUAUUUGGUGCCUCGACGACCAAUGCUACGUACGUUUCCUCGGUGCUAUUGCAGUGCCCAAUCCCAGCACUCCUUGGCGCCGUGCCAUUCACACUCGGCGUCAACGGCUCCGAGUACAUUCCGCUAGCAUCGACAAGUCGAACGAUGCACGUCGCCGGCGACGUUGCGAUUGAAGCGGCGACACCGACGGCAGGCUUGGCAACGGGUGGCACCAUCGUAUCGAUGUCGGGCGUCGGUUUCUACCCCGCGCUCGGGUGCUGGCUCGACGCUCGGGUGUUUGUGCCUGCAAUGGUCUUGAACGCGUCGUUCCUUGUGUGUACGCUACCACCACAAGGCGCACUGCCGACGACGGUGACGGUGACUCUCACAACAGAGCUGCACCCCAACUUUGUCUUAGCCCCGCAGCUCUUGUUUGAGUACCUGGAGGCGCCUCUGGUCACGGCUCUAUGGCCAUCGAUGGUUGCCAUGCACCCGAAUGCUACCGUGUCGCUGACGCUGACAACGUCGGUGCCGACGGUGCUUCAAGAGCAAGAUAUUGACUGCCUCUUUGAUCGCGAGGUUGCAUCCAAGGGGCUCGUUGUAGCGACCACGCGGACGACAUUGACGGUCAACUGCUCAGUACCGACGCUGCCGAACGCCGGCGUCGCAACGGUCGACUUGGUGCUCAGCGACCAACACCACAUCUGGACAGGAUGGUCCACGGACGUGAUUUUUGGCAACACGCUACGCUCUGUCGUGCCGUCCUACGUGCCAGCAAAUAGCCCUGUUCCAAUCACGAUGCACGUGCUCUACGAUGCGCUGGACGUUGAGCUCUCUUGCGUGUUCUACCAGGCGGUGACGAACCGGACGUGGCGCGCCCCCGCGCGUACACUUGGUGCCCGCGCGUUUGGCUGUCUCUCGCCACGAGUGACAGUCGCCAGCGUUCUCGACAUUGGGCUCGAGCUCCACGGGCAGACGUACACAGACAAUCGUGUGGUGCUCACCGUCUACUUGCCACCCGAAGGCGUCGGCGUGCAGCCAUCUGUGUCGCUUCUCGACGGCGGGGCCGUCGUGCGGCUUCAAGGUCGCCGCUUUUUCGCGACGCCCGAUCUCGCAUGUCAAUUUGGUACGACGCAACGUAUGCCGGCGCGCUUGGUGUCGGUCAAUGAAGUCGAAUGUACGGCACCGCCAUUGCCCGUGCCAAGUAACGUAUCUGUCGGCGUUGUCUUUGCCGGCACGCUCGUCAACUGGCUCAAUAUGACGAUCGAGUACAUCGGCGACGUCCGCAUUCUCGACGUAACACCGCCGAAUGGACCGCUUGGUGGCAACACCUCAGUCGUUCUCUCAGGUGCCGGACUUCACGCGUCGUGGCACCUGCAAUGUGUGUUUGAGCUGAGCACCGGCGACGUGCUGGUCCCGGCUACGAUCGAUGUAGUGCAUCAAACAGUGUCGUGUGCAGCGCCACCGGUGACAUCGCCCGAGACCGUCACCAUCUCUCUCUGCACAAGCGCCGAUGGCAUGCGGCUGGCGUCGUUUCCAAACGGCUACAACUAUGUGUACCCGAUGCAAGUGCUUUCGACGUUUCCCGCCCGCGGUAUUGCGGGCGUCGCGAUGUUGGUCGACGUGCAUGGUGUAUUUUUGCAUCCGUCCAUCGUCUGCCGUAUCAACCAUGCGACGACCGCACCGGCGUUUUUCAUUUCGGAGAACCACGCGCGCUGUGCAGUGCCGGCGAUGACGUCGACGUCGAUCGUCGUUCUCGAGGUCGCCAACAACAACCACGACUUCGUCCUGGUGACCAUCUUGCCGUUGGAUCCGCCAUUGAAUGCGACGACGAUCUCGCCAAGCAACGGUCCCAUCUCGGGCGGCACAACCCUUUACCUUCGAGGCGCCAACGUUGGCCAGGCCUCGCUCUGCCGCAUCGACCGCAUUGUCACGCCCGCCCGCAAGAUCAACGCGACGAUGGUGGCUUGCAUCGCGCCGCCACAUCCGCGCGGUGUCGUCACCGUCGAACUCUCGAGCAAUAACGCUGGCUACGUCAUGGCCAGUGUGAGCUACGAGUACCUCGUGGUGCCGUCGGUGAUGGCCGUCGAGCCACCGCGUGGCCAAGUGGCGUCUCGUAUCGUCGUUCGUGGGUCGGGUUUUGUCGACCGAGGCAACCACAACGUCUACUGUCGCUUUGGAAAGCAAGCACUUGUCCUUGCCCAUGUGCACUCGUCGACGCGACUCGAGUGUGUCGUGCCAGAUGUGCCCUUGACAGUCGUCGAUGGGACUUUGCAGCGAGCCUUGCAGGUCGAAGUGUCGCUCAACAACGGUGUCGACUACUCAGCGAGCGGCGUGACGUUCGAGGUACUGGAUGCAUACCACGUGCGAUCGCUGCGGCCACGCACUGGGUCGGCGCUUGGGGGCACCCGCAUCCGCCUCUUGGGCCACGUCUUUCGACAAGCCAAGCAGCUGGCGUGCACGUUUGGCUCGGUCGUGGUCCCGGCCGUGUUUAUCUCGCCAAUAGAGCUGCAGUGCGUCACGCCUGCCCACGCGACGGGCGUGGUGCCGGUCGGGCUCCUCGAUGAAUCUGACACCUUGAUGGCGUUGCCAGCCACCUUGACCUUCGAGUUUACGCACGCGGCGCUUAUCGACUCGAUCGUGCCAUCGUUCGGCGCCACCACCGGCGGUACCACCGUCUCGGUCCUCGGGCGCCACAUUAUCUUUUCAACGACGCUGGCGUGCCGUUUCGACGCAACGACGGUGCCAGCCGUGUAUGUCAACGCGUCGUGUGUCACGUGCGUGGCGCCGGCGCACGCUGCCGGUACCGUCAACGUCACGUUGAGCAGCGGUGGUCUGUCUCUGUCGUCUGUUACAUUUGCCUAUCAAGCGCUACCGGUGCUGAGUGCCCUCUUGAAUCGCACCGCGAUGAGUCCGCUCGGUGGCGACGUCGUGUCGAUCGUCGGGACAUCACUGGACGGGCCGGCGACGUGCAUUUUUGACGACGGGCGAGCGUCUGUCCCAGGCACAGUUCUAUCGUUGACGACGGUGACGUGCAUCGAGCCGCCUCGUGCCACUGCGAGCGUAGCAACGCUGUAUGUUCUCACGCCCAGUGGACGGUCCAAUGUGCUCUCGCUACCGUACUUUGCCCCGACUGAAGUGUGGUCCAUCGUGCCGCCGUUCGGGUCGAGCGACGGCGGAGGACGUCUGCGUCUUUACGGCAUAGGCUUUAAUCAGUCGCGGACUAUGGAGUGCGCUUUCAGUGACGACAGCGGGUGGCGCCAAACGACACCUGCUAUCUUUGUGUCGCCGACCGAGGCGUCGUGCGUCUCGCCGAACAUUCCGCGUGUCGUAUCGCCCACGUCGCUGCGCGUCGAUGUACAUCAUUUUGGCACAACGGUGACGCAGCUUCCGGGUGUCUUUACGGCACUGCCACCACUCCAGCUCCACGACGUGGAGCCGCGUGAGGCAGACAACAGCGGUGGCACCAUUGUUGCGUUCCGCGGCGCCAAGUUCCACCCGUCGAGUGCGCUAGCUUGCGUCUUCAACGCAUCAUUUGUCCCCGCAACGUUUGAAAACACUUCGUUUGCUACGUGCCGGACGCCGGUGCAUGUGCCAGGCACCGUGGCCGUCGGGCUCACGAACAACGGCAUCGAUGUCGUGUGGCGCCGCAACUUUACCUUUCGCGCACCGGUGUACGUGACGUCCGUGGUACCGACAACGGGUGAAACCACCGGGUCGACGACGGUGCGCAUCACAGGCACCAGCUUCUUCUCGGCGAUGCAGCUGCAAUGCACGUUCGAUGCAACUGCUGUGCUGGCGACCUUUGUAUCGCCAACGCUUGCGACGUGCGACGCGCCGGCGACAAACGACCGGUACACGUCACGCACCGUGCGCCUCGCGGUGGGUCUGGCCAACCACGCGCCGAAAACAGUGGUUGCGUUUACGUACGUGGCGUUGGAGCGCAUUCUGUCGGUGACGCCAGGGCGAGCGUGGAGCGUCGGUGGCACCGUUGUCACAGUGUCAACGCAAAACGUUCUCGUCUCCUCCAACGCGACGUGUUGGUUUGGCGCGACAGCCGUUCAAGCCUCAAAAGUGACGGCAUCAACAAUGGUGUGUGCGAGUCCGCUGGCAUCGCCGACGUCGUUGGCGUUUGCCAUCUCGUCGACAGCGUCUGCGCCGGCAUCCGUGGAUCCGUUCAUGUUUGAGAUUCUACCGACGCCAGUGGUGACGGCCAUGCCGGUGGCGACGGCAUUCGUUAACGGUGGCAGCGACUUGACGCUCUACGGCGAACACUUGGAGUCAGUCUCGCAUUGCCAGAUCGGCAGCGCCGUUGUGCCCGCCUACGCGACAUCGACCCGUCUGCGCUGCGUCGCGCCGCCUCAACCAUCGCCAGGCACAUACACCGUGUCGCUGCAGUCGUCGUUUGCGACAUUGACAACACCGUGGAAUGUAACUUAUGCAUCGGUGCCGGUGCCACCGCCGCUGCCUGUGUUUGUCGAGCCCGCAGUGCGUACCGACCGACCCGCUAUCGCAUCGCUCUUCCCACCGACCGUGUCAUCCAGCGGCGGCACUGUGGUCACCGUCGUCGGGUCUCGGUUCCAAAACGUCCCGACGCUGCAGUGCGUGUUUGGUACUGUUGUCGUGCCGGCGUCGUACCGGUCGCCGUCGUCGCUCGUGUGCAUAUCUCCCCGGCACGUCCCGAUGCGACUGCUUGUCGAGGUAUCGAACGACGGAGUGCUCGCCUCCAUAUCGGGGCGGCAUGUGAUCGUCGCCAAUGAUGCGGUGCAGCGAGAGAUCUCACCCGUGUUUGGCAACGUCGGUACGCGCAUUCGUGUAGUUGGCAACCAUUUUAGCAAGUCGCCUCUGCUCGUGUGCCGGUUUGGCCUCGCCGUGGUUCCCGCCGAGUUUGUGUCGCCGACAGAAGUGACAUGCGUCGCUCCCGACCCGACGACCGUCUCGUUGAGCAACGGCCGCGACGUCGUCAUCGUCCACACGUCCAACAACAAUGCGUCGUUCACGUCCCACGGCAGCUUUUUCACGUACGCCCCGACGCCAGUCGUAACGUCGUUGUGGCCGCACAUCGUGUCGCAAGCCGGCACGGGGUCUGUCACGUUGCGAGGCCACCACUUUAGACCGUACCCGGUGUCGUGUGUGUGGAACCGACUCGUCGUGGUGCCGGCGACCGUGCACUCGAGCACGCUGCUUCAGUGUGCCGUACCGCCGUCGCUCGCACUCGGACAGGCGAUAUUGCAGCUCAGCAUCUUGAACGGUCUCGAUGCGUCGCCGCCGACGACGACCGUGACGAUUGUAGCAACGGUAACGGUCAUUAGUGUCGCACCGGCGUCGGCACCGUCGUUAACCAACACGACGCUCGUGCAUGUAUAUGGCACAAACUUUCGCCCGACAAUCGAGCUCAGCUGUCAAGUGGACUCAACGAUGGUACCUGCGAUCUACGUCAACGCGACGACUGUGCAGUGCUUGUUGCCGCCGCACCCGAUUGGCCGCGUCGACCUCGGUGUCACGACCAACGGCAUCGAGUUUGCGUUGCCGGUGGCGUUUUCGUUCGUGCCAGAUGUUCGUGUCGCCCGGGUCCGACCGACGUUCACGCUCCUUCCGGGUCAAACGCCGGUCUUUGUGCAGGGCCAGCAUUUUCAGAACGUCUCGACGCUCGGCUGCCGCUUUGGCGACCUGUUUGCCAACGCCACGUAUGUCUCGCCCGAGCUGCUCAUCUGCGUGGCGCCGUCCCGCGUCGGCAACUUAUUGGCGCCGGCCACCACGGUGGCGAUCGACGUCACGGUCGACGGUAUCGCAUUCUCCAAUAGCGGCGUUCUGUUCGAGUACCGAAGUUCGUGUCCGCACGGGGCCUACUGCUUGGGCCACGACGUUCUGGCGUCGCCCAAUGGCACCUACAUUGGCGCAGACGCACAAAACUUUACGCUCUGCGCUCCCGGGACGUUCCAGCCGCGCGCAGAGCUCUCGACGCCGACGACGUUGUGCAACCAAGGGCACUACUGCAGUCGCGGGACCAAGACGUUGAACGUGCGCGAGUGGGAGGCGAGCAGCAACUAUGUGUGGAACAACGAGACGGGGCUGCUCGUCUUCAACGACAGUACGAUGACGUGGCCGAUCGUGGCGCGCGUGGUGCCGGCAACCGGUGCCCGGCGACCGACCAUCCGCCAAUGCUAUUGGACCCGGCAUGUCUUCGCUCUCGUGCCCGAGAAGCCGUACGUGUGUCCUCUCGGGACGUACUGUCUCAAGGGCGCGACGACGCUGUCGCCACUCGCAAACAACUUUAGCACGCCGCAGGCAUGCUACGCUGGCUUCUUUUGUCCCCGCGGCAGUUAUACGCCCGAAGGCAUGGGACCGUGUCCGACAGGCUACUUUUGCCCCAAUCCAACGGAUGCGCUGCUUUGCCCGUGCGGCAUGUACUGCCCGGGUGUCGGCAACACCAAGCCCAUCGCGUGCUACCCCGGUACCUAUCAGCCAGCGACGGGUCAGCCAACGUGUGUGCUCUGUCCAAUUGGUUCGAUCUGUCCUGGCUGGAACAAUACAGCGCCAACACUGUGUCCAGCCGGCUUUGUGUGCUCGGCCGUCGGGUUGUCCCACCCGGUGCAGCUGUGCCCCGCCGGCUUUUACUGCAACGAAGGCACGUGGACGCUCGAUCCAUCCGAGCUCUCGCCUCUCCGGCCCUACCCGUGUGCGACGGGCACGUUUUGUCUGGCGGGAAUCGAAGCACCGCUCACGAUUGAUUGGCUGCCCAACGUACCUGCCGGCGCGACUGCGCGUCAAACGUGCACGGAAGGCGCCUUCUGCCUCGAAGGCACGACGGAAGCGACCUUGUGCUAUCCUGGCCACUACUGUCCGCCAGGGUCGACCUUUCCCGUCGUUACGCCUCAAGGUACCUUCUCGGGCGACGACGGUGCGAUCGCGCCGAUGCUUUGCUUUCCCGGCACGUUUGCCGUCUUUGCCUCGAGCACCGACUGCCAAGUGUGCCCCGCCGGGUAUACAUGCCCCGGGUAUGGCAACUACAUGCCGACGCUUUGCCCGCAAGGCACGUACCGGUCGAUCGCUGACUCGAUCACGUGCCGCCUGUGCCCCGCCGGCACGUGGUCUCCGAAGUCGGGUGUUGCCGACAUUUCGUACUGCGAACCGUGCCCUGCCGGGCGCGUCUGCGGCGUCCAAGGCAUGAACAACCUGACGCAGAGUAUCAUUUGUCCGUCCGGGUACGUGUGCGGCGAAGCGACGACCCUCGAGAUGCAGUACAUGCACGAAUGCCCCGCGGGGUACGUUUGCGGUGCCGAGACGACGCUCGCAACGGCAUUUGACCAUCUCUGUCCGCCGGGCAGCACGUGUCUUCGGGGUACGAAAGACACGGAGAGCACGCGGUACAUGUGCCCCGUCGGCGCGUUUUGUCCCCGGGGCACGGCCGAUGGGGACGCCAAAGAGUGCCAGUGCCCGUCGCGCACGACGUCGCUGCCAGGCUCGGACGCGCAGAUCGACUGCAGCAUCACUGAAAUCAGCGUCUGCGACAAGGACCCGACCAAGUCGUACUACCCGCAGUUCACCUACACGUUCCAGGGCGACACCAAGAUCUUCAAUUCGUGGGCGACGUCCAAUCCGACGGGCGAAGUCGAGGUCGUCACCAAAGUGCUGCCCGUGAACGCGUCGGCCAGUGCACCGGGAUGGCACAACGGUACGAUCGACGUCAUGCGCGCAUGCCCGCACCAGCUCUCGGCGACCGGCGGCGAGCUUCUCACUGUCAUCGGGCGGAAUUUCCUCGACACGAAUGAGCUCACGUGCGAGUUUCGGCUCGUCGACUCGAUCGUCUUCCUCUCCGUGCCGGCAACGUACGUCAACGGAAGCCGCGUUCAGUGCCGCGCGCCGCCCAUGACGCUCAACGGCGCGGCGGCCGUCGCAGCCAAAGUCCACGUGUCCAACUAUGGCGUGCACAUCUCGGCGACGGGUGCCAACGUCACGUACUCGGCGUCGCCACCUGCCGCGAGUCGGUGCGGGUAUUCGGCGGCCGAAGAAGGGCCGUAUCCGCCGGAGCUCGGGUGGUUUGCGCUGCGCGGUCUCUCGGAAAUACACAUGUCCUUUGACUUGCGGCACAUCCCCGUCGACAUGGUGUACGACGAGCACUUUAAGAUCGCCGUUUACGUCGCGCCGAGUCUGUGCAACAAUGCGGCUUGCAAUGCCAAGCGCAUCCAGCUUCCGCUGGGGGCAGCGACCGAGACGUCGCCGUGCUUGCAGCCGCUACUACUGCCGUCGUCGUUGACGUCGACGGCGUUUCAGCAGCACGACGUGCUCAACCUCACGUUUUUGGCGCUCGAAGACAUGAUUGUCAAGCCCGAGAUCCACAUCACGUACGGUCUCUUCGCGUCGGCCGCCGAUUUGUUUCUCAACUCGACGUCGGUCGAGAUUCGGUCGCCUCGUCGUGCCUUCAACACGGCGGGUAUUGUCGCCGACAGCCGCCCGCUCUCGCCUGUCAUCUCGUUUGAGGAGGAGCUCGUGCCGCGUGAUUACGCCUUCUUGGCUGUCUACCGACGCGCGAUUGGCUUGAACGUGCCGUACCCAAUGAACCUCCCGCCGCGCUUUAGCCAGCUCGAGCGUGGCCGCGUGCUUCAGACCAACGUUGUCAGCGAGAAGAGUCCGCAAAUGAACUUGCUCGACACGCCAGUGCCAGGGGUGACGGCCGACGCGUACUGGACGUCACCGUUCUCGACACUGGCAAAGACGGCCGAUAUGGUGGCCAAGUACCGCGAGACGUUCCAGGGCCUCUCGCCCGACAAUGCAUCGUAUGACAUGACCAACGUGAUGCUACCGUACUUGCCAUACUUUUCACACUGCCGCGGGUACGGCCGGUACAUGACGAUCUUUGACUUGCUCGAGAGCGACGCGCACUGUCAACUCCCCGCGCUCACCGAGCAGCCGGCGUCGUGGACCCGGCGUGCUCUGCCGCCACUGCUCAACCAAGACGACGUUGUUGUUGUGGGGCCGACCGACAUUUUGCAAGACCCGACGGCCGACUACUGCUACCGGGACGUCGCCUGCCAGUAUGAGGAAGAUCUGCGCACGGUUGCGGUGAACCCCCGCUGGUUUGAAGCCAGCACGCUCACGUCGCUUUUCGAGAUGGUCAACGAACCGGUCACGUACCAAGCGUACUCGACGGGCAGCCAGCUCUACAAGACACUGCUGGCAGCGGGCAACAGCGACGUCUUUGUCCCGGUCCUCGUCGAUCGGACGGCGGCCGACGUGAUCGAAGGCGGCUGCACGAUCCAGUGUUUUCCGCGCAAACUGACGCUUGAGAUUGCCUACUACCAAGUGACGCUCCAGCUCAAGCGACUCAUUUUCGUCAAGCUCAUCUACGACAAGUUUGAUUUGGACGCGACGCGGACCGACUAUGCGCUACACGUCGAGUACCGCCCGCUCGGGUACCUCGAGCUCCUCAUCAACUUUGCGUUCGAGCCGUCGAUGUACAUAACGCUCUUCAACGUCAUGGGGCUGGUCGCGUGGGUCGGCUGUGCCAUAGCGUGGAUCAUCAAUCGGCUCAUGACACGCAUUCGAGACCCGCCCAAGCUCUACUACCUGAGUUACCUCUCGCUGAUUGCGCCGCCGCCUACGAUUGGCGCGAUUUUGGCGACCUUGCCGCUCUCGGCGAUCAUUGGCUCGUUCUACCUCUUGCUCAACGGCGACAUUGCCUUUUCCAUCACCACCAACUAUCCGGGGGCGUACCCGUACUGGCUGCUGGACAACGUCAAGAGUCAGUACAACGCGGCGCUCCUCGACCCGUCGCUCGUGACGACGAUGCGUCACGGUCGGACCGGGUUCUGCUUUCUCCUUCUCGGGUGCUACUUGAUGCACGAAGCGGCCGUGAUUUUCGUGCCCAAGACCAUAUCGAUCUCGGAGCGCGCGGCCGAAGAGAAAUCCGACAAGAGCGAUGCGCUGUUGCCAGAGGAAGACGACUCGCUGUGGAAGCCGACACUGUGGAUGCGGUCCAGCUUCAUUUUUGCCAGCGUGCUCCAGGCACUUUUCCUGACGGUGAUUGUCGAGUUUUCGUUUUGGAACGACUUUCCAAACUACAUGUGGUACAUCCUCUUCAUGACCAAACUGCUCUCCGCUUAA